ACCGCUUAUUCCUGAACGCGGGGGGUGGAGCCUAUCCCGGCUGACAACCACACACACUCGCACUAAGCUGCAUAUGGCUGUGGGAGGUACCUGGAGAAAACCCACACAGGCACAGGGAGAACAUACAGACUCCGCAGAAAGGUCCGGGAUUGACCGGGGCUCGAACCCGGGGCGUUCUUGCUGUGAGGCACUACCCGCUGUUCCGCCCGGGAGGAAUUUCCAAAACAGUGAAAUCAUUGGCUUGGCAACCAGCGGACCUGCGCUGUAUCUAGCGUCAGGUCAGAAACCGAAAGUUGACAAAAAGGACAGCGACCCGGUAAAGAAUGGCGAAUACGUACAGGGAUUCAGACCUGGAAGAUGAGGAGGAGUUUGUGGACAUAUUGGAGGAGAGGAGGCGCAGCAGUGAUCUUGAUCAUGCCCUCAGGACCUAUAACCCCUACCCCCACCAAGGAGCCCCACCCUGCUCCACAGCUGAACUCAACAGAGCCGUGCUGGAGUCCCCGUAUCUGCGCUAUGUAGUCAAAGAGGUCGCCACGGGGACGGGGUCAUCGGUGGAGGAGGUGAGAGAGGAGGCUUGUAUGAUUUUGGCAAAAAUGGCACAAAACCUGCAGCUGGGUUUUAUCAGGUUGAUGGGAUACAUCCUCACCAAGGUGUUCAAGAGGCUCUUCACCAGCAUCCUUGUCAACAUGGAGGGACUCAACAGGCUCCAACAAGCCACUCAGGAGAGUCCUGUGAUUCUGAUGCCCAAUCAUAGGUGUUAUUUGGAUUUCUUGGCUAUCUCCUACAUCCUGUUCACCUACGACAUCCCUGUACCUGUUAUUGCUUCAGGGGUUGUUCUGACAGAGAUGAAGAUAGUGGGAGAGAUACUGCGUCGCUCUGGCGCUUUCUUUAUCCGACGUGACAUCGGCUCUGACAAACUGUACUGGGCAGUGCUGUCAGAAUAUGUCAAGACCAUUGUCAGGAGAGGAUAUGCUCCAAUCGAGUUUUUUGUGGAAGGUUUCAGGAGUCGCCCAUUGAAGUCUCUGGUGCCCAAGAUAGGUAUGCUGGACAUGGUGCUGGAGACCUACUUUAAGGGGGAGGUGUCUGACAUCACGCUGGUUCCCAUAAGUAUCAGCUAUGACCGAGUGCUGGAGGAGAGGAUGCUUGCACAUGAGUUACUGGGUAUCCCUAAGAUCAAAGAAAGCACAAUGGUGUUUGACCGGGUCCUGCAUAAAUAA